AUGUCCAUACUCGAAUCCCCCAGCCGGGAUCCCCCCUUCAGCACAAAGUCAAAUCUCCAGAUAACCCCAGAAGAACCCCCCAAACUAACCCCCAAACGCAAGCGUUCAAACCCAUCCCAUUCCCCACUACCCUGGAGCUGGAAUUGGAGCUGGAGCUGGAACUCGCCUCUACUGCCCUCUCCAUUACUCUCACCUUUAUCCACCCGACCAAGUCCAGAAUCCAUUCCCAGUUUCAACCCAGAAGCUUGGCUCUCCGCCGCAAAGUCCAUACUACAUAGCGUCAAAGCCAAAGGAACAGGAACAGACGCGGAUCACGCAAACAGACGAAUACUGAAGAGCCUAGAAGAUGCCGUUUGGAUGGUCAAUGAAGAGAUUACCGGGAUUGAGACGGUUGUGGAGGAGAUGGAGUCUUGGGGUGGCAUUUCUGUACGCGAGGCCGUAGGGAUAGUGGAGGAGGCCGAGAGUAAUAUCUGGGCUUGUCUUGAGAGGGUGCGUGCUGAGAUUGGGGAGAUGCAUGGAGAUGAAAUGGAUGAUACGGUGAGGGAGGCUAUUCAAUGUCUUCUGAUGGGGAAUAUUGGGGAGCUUGAUGCUUUGUUAGAGCGCAUGAAUACUUAG